AUGUAUGGUUCAAUAGAUGUGUCUGCAUUGAGAUUGGUUCCCGAUGUGGUUGUCCCCAAGAAGUUCAAGGUUCUAGAGUUCGAGAAAUACAAUGGAACUUCUGACCCACGUAUUCACUUGGCAAUGUACAUAGCAAAAAUGUCUGCAUUAACUGAAGAUGACAAGCUCCUCAUCCAUUUCUUUCAUGAAGGACUUACUGGGUCAGCUUUACCCUGGAGGGAUUUACAGAAUUUGCUACAGAAGGAGGGGGAAACUUUCAAAGAGUAUGCUCAGAGAUGGAGAGAGAAAGCGGCAGAGGUGUAUCCCCUUGUGACUGAUCAUGAACUUUGCUCCUUAUUCAUUGAAACUCUGAAGGCACCUUACUUUAAUCUGAUGAUUGGUAAUACUUAUAAUAGUUUUGCUGACAUAAUACAGACUAGGGAAAGGAUUGAAGCAAAUCUGAGACUGGGAAGGUUGCAAGAAAUAGCAGGGGAGAGUACUAUGAAAAAGGCUACUAAUCCUAAUAGAAAGAAAGAUGGAGAAGUACAUGCUAUAACUCAUGGCAGCUAUCAGCCUUUCUUUCCCAGAGGCAAUUUUAGCCCAAAAUUCCCCAAUCAAGCUCCCAUGGUAACUCUGAAAAGCCCAAUGAUUGCAAACAUUCCUCAGACAUAUAGCCAGCCAUCAUUCCAAACCUAUCCUCAAUACCAACAAAUUCCUCGUCUCCAAAACCAAUACAUCCCUAGACCAGUAAAUCAAUUCCCCAGACCACCACUGCCAGUGAAUCAAAACAACUUUAGGCCCCCAAGAAAUUCAAAUCCUCCGCUUCCUAUGCCUUUGAGCGAUAUUUAUCGCUACCUGCAGAGUAUAAACCAAAUUUUGCCUGUUCCUAUGGACCCCAUUCAGCCUCCUUACCCAAGAUGGUAUGAUCCCAAUGCUAAGUGUGAUUACCAUGCUGAGGCAAUUGGCCACUCCAUUGAUAAUUGUUUUAAGUUUCGAGGUGUAGUAAAUGCUCUCAUUUGGAAUGGCUGGUUGAAGAUUGAAGAUAAGGGGAUAUCUCUGAAUGUAUCGACUAACCCUUUACCCACUCACGGGGCUGGAAAUAGUGGCCAAGUGAAUAGGGUGGAAUUCAAAAGAGGGGAACAGAUUAUAAAAAUUGAACAGUUGAUAGAUCAUUUUGAAGAUAUUCUGGAAUUAGCAACGAGGGAAGGGUAUGUAACCCUAGUAGCACUAAACGUGGAUGAAAAGUUUGUUGGGAAUCAGCUAGAAUUGAGUUGUAGCUUUCAUAAGGGAGCACGAGGUCAUGACAUCAGGAGUUGUAAUCGAUUUAAAGAGGAGGUCUUGAGACUUCUAGAUUUUAAAAUUCUGAGGUGUCAAAAAGGAAGUUUGGAAAGAGAACAGGAAGUAAAUGCUAAUGAGGCAACUAAACCCACCUCAGGAUCAGUUAGUAGCCCCAGAAUCUCAUUCACCGUUCCCAUCAUAUCAUCAUCUCAAGUAGUUAUCAGAGCUCCUACUCCACUCCCUAUCACUAACACUCAUGUUGUACCUUGGAAUUACAAUUACCAGAUAUUUACCCAGUCUGCUAUGGUUAGCACUCCCUUUCCACCUUUAAGCAAUCUCGCCUUUGCCUCACCUGCUAUGUCAUCUAGCCUACGUCCAAACACAUCUCCAAACCUCAAAAUCAUUUACACUGGGCCAUCUUACCUUGAUAGUCACUUAAGCUUACCCAAUAACCAAAGUGAGCCUAAGAUUAAGUUUCAAUCUCCUUACCCUCAAGGUAGUUCAGUUGCUGAAGAAUGGGAAGUAGAGUAUAUCACCAGAAGUGGAAGAUGCUAUGGCUCAAAAGAGGCUGAAAGGGUCAAAAAAGGGAAAGCAAAGGUAGGAGAAUCAACUGAGAGUACAGAGGAAGUGCCCAAAGAAAAGGAAGAAGGUGAGGCUUACAUUGUUCCUGAUAUUUCUCUAGAAAAGUUUGAGAAAAUUGUGGGGCAAAUUCAAGCUUCGAAUGUUGUGACUUUCUCCGAUGAUGAAAUUGACCCAGCUGGGUUAAAGCACAUUAAGGCUUUACAUAUCACCGUAAAAUGCAAGGGAUGCAUGGUAGCCAAAGUUUUGGUUGAUAAUGGAUUUGCUCUUAAUGUAUUGCCAAGUGCCAUUUUGGCUAAACUUUCUAUUGAACCUUCUCUGAUGCAUUCAAGCAAUAUGGUAGUUAGAGCCUUUGACGGAACCAAAAGAGAGGUGUUAGGGGACAUUGAAUUGCCAUUGCAAGUUGGGGCUUGUACUUUUAAUGUCAUUUUUCAAGUAAUGGAUAUUGAGCCUGCCUAUACGAUGCUGCUGGGUAGACCAUGGAUACAUUCGGCUAAUGCGGUACCUUCCUCCUUGCAUCAAAGAAUCAAGUAUGUUGCUAAUGGAAAGCUAGUGACAGUCAAGGGGGAAGAAGCAAUGCUGGUUACUAAACCUCAAUCUAUCCCUUAUAUAGAAACAACUGAACAAGAGCUUGAAAGUUCUUUUCAAGCACUAGAAUCAGCGGGUAUACCUAGGCAUACUCUGGAGGCAUCCAACAUGGUGGCAAAGGUGAUGUUAAAGAGUGGAUAUCAAAAUGGAAAAGGCUUGGGCAUUAGGCUGCAAGAGAUAGUAGAACCUAUUACUGUGACUAAGAGAGAAGGGCAUUUUGGGCUAGGGUAUAGUGAAAAUGGUUUGUUUGAUAAGAAGCCCUGGAUGAAGCAUACUAUGAGAGAUCAGCGCUUUGACCAAUUUUAUGAUGAGAAGAUGGUUAUCCCUCAUAUUCAAGAGACUUUCCUCUCGGCCACUCAAGUAGCUCGUCCACUCCCAGUCAUUCAAGAUAUCACUGAAGAGAUUGAGGGGUCUUUGUCAAAAUUAUCCAUUAAUGUCCUUGAGCCAAGUCAGAGCUAUGAUUUGUUGAUUGUGCCUAUGCAAGAAGGUGAACUGCUAAACAAUUAG